UGAAGCUCAUAUAAAAACGAUAACGUCGAAAUGAAAUUGAGGUUAUGUGCAUAUGUCAAAAUUAGCGACAUAUAUUGUUCUGUAAAUCGCUGAUUUGUUAUUGUUUUAAAGAUGAGUUCCGGAUUUAUAUCGGAAAGUGAGAUCUUGGAGCAGCGGCGUCGCAGACAAGAGGAAUGGGAGAAAGUCCGCACAGAAGACCAACCGCAAGAGGCUCCAGAGGAACCAUAUGACAACAGACCCUUGUACCAACGGCUAGAAGAGCAGAGACUGAAAAAAGAAGCAGAAUAUGAAGAGGCGCACAAACUCAAAAAUAUGAUUCGUGGAUUAGAUGACGAUGAAGUGGGAUUUCUUGAUUUGGUGGAGAGGUCUAAGGCCAAAGCAGCGCAACAGAUCUCCAUUGAGGAGAAGAGGGAGAUGCAGGAGUUCAGGGAGCGCGUGUCCAACCUGGCUGAGAGUGAGGAGCUGACGCGACUUCGCGCCCAGCUUGCGCCGGCGCGUACUACACCAACCCCAAACGCAAACACACAGAAAAACAAACUGCAGGGGUUAAUUGUAAGGAAGCGAAAAUUAAGCGAAAUGGAAAAUGACAAGCAGAAGGGCGCGCCGAGUGCUAAAGUCAACGGAGUGGUCGCUGCCGAGUCGGUCCCGGUGUGUAGCGAGUCCGUCCCGGUGCCGAGCGAGUCGCCGUGCGGCGCGCUGUCGGUGGCGGGCGUGCUGCCGGGCCUGGGCCACUACAGCAGCCACUCCGACUCCUCCAGCGACACCAGCGACUCCAGCGACGACGACCUUGACGACGACACAUGCUGCAAGCGCGAUCUGCUGGGCCGCAGACCGGACCAGUCCGGCGACAAAUCCAAAACCGACGCCAAGAGCUAGACUCGUCUGUACUUAAUGGUACAUUAUUACAUUAUAGUUUAGUAAUAUUAGUUCGUUUUUCUGCUCUAAAGGUUCGGCUUUAAGAAUUGUUAAAGGGCCGUUCAAGUGUUACGUAACGCAAUUUUUGAAGAUUUUUGACCCCCCACCCCCUCUUGUUACGCGCCGUAACAUUUUCCUGUACGACCCCGGCUGCCCUUCUAAAACAUAUGUAACUCUAAAAGUUACAAUUUUUUCUAAUAUUCACAAUUAUUUUAAUCAAAAUACCGGAAACCGGAACUUCUUUGUGAAUUUAUCGUUCUCUUUAACGGUGAAGGAAAACAUCGUGAGGAAACCUGCACAUCUGAGAAGUUCUCUAUAGGAAUUUCGAAGGUGUGUGAAGUCUACCAAUCCGCACUACAGCGUGGUGGACUAAGGCCUAAUCCCUCUCAGUAGAGGAGGCCCGUGCCCAGCAGUGGGCAAGUAUAUAAUACAGGGCUGAUAUUAUUAUUAUUAUUAAGUACCGAAAAGUCGCUAAAAUACCUUUGUUAUUGUUUUAAGAUUAAAAAAUCAAUGUUACAACGCUUUGUACGAAACUCCCUUCCCGACCCUGUAACGCAUCGUAACGUUUUAGAAGACCCAAAAUUGUGUUACGUAUUACUUGAAUGGCCCCAAAGGUGCAUUUACAUGAUCGUCCAACCAUCCAACUAAGUAAUGAGAAUUUUGAAGGCGAAAAGUCGAUCGCAACGCGCUGCCUUCAAUAUACGAAACAAUAAAUUUGUAACAUUUAAACUUAUAAUUAAAAUGGUAUGUCGGGGGAUUAUGUGAGUGCACAUUAGUAUUUCUCAAAAUAAAUGUAUGUAACGAAAUAGUUUUUUUCGAAAUCUUAAUUUUUUCGUUGUCUUAAUAACAAUUCUAUAAAUUAUUUGAUAUAAUAAAUAAACUAAGCUAAAAGAAAAAAAAAACAGAUGGAAAUACAAUACGAUUUCGUAACAACUAUUUCGUUGCGUACAUUUAUUUUCAGAAAUAAAUAAUAUUAUUUUCUAUAACUACUCAAACUUAUGUUACUGAUAUAUAUUUCCUUAAUUACUCAAAAAGACAGUUGAAAAAUGUAUUUAUAUUGCGCAUAGUCUACGUAUUUUAUUUAUUUAUAUACUAAAAUGUAACGUGGAGAAAUUAUUAACUUUUUUCAUGAUAUAAGAUAUAAAACAGAAAAAAACCCCUAUACUAUAUAGAAAGACUUACAAUUGUGUACACUAUGCGGACAACUCGCCUAGCAUCAGCAAGGCACAUAGAGGUCGGAACAUAUUAUGAGACAAGCAAUUAUCGACAUUGUCUUCGUUGAAAUAAUAUUCAAAAUCAAUUAACACAACAAUUUAUGAGCCGCCCCUAAUUCUGCAAGAGAUCUCUCGUUAGGAAUUAUUUUUCGGUGUAUUCGCUAGGACAAUGAUCAGACUAUACGCUAUUAUCAGAAUUUUUAUUCAUAACCAAUAAGAAUCUUUGAGUAAAACACGAAGAGAAUUAUAUGCAUGGGUGUAAUAAAGAAUCUAAAUGGGCUUACCACACGUUGUCUCUAUUUUUACGAACUGUUAGUUCUAAUUGACAAAAAAUGAUAACCAUGUCUAUGGUCCACUCUAUGGUAUGCGACAUCUGGUGAGUCAAAAAUGCAACUUGCAUUUUGUCCUAUUUGGUGGAUUUUUAGGACAGAAUAAGAGGUAAAAUGAAGUGAAUACCGGCAGAAAUUAAUAUGGAUGUAAUCAAACCUUAAAGGUUAUUAGAAUCUGAAUUUCUUAUAUGUAAAAGCCAGGGCAAUAUCCCCUUCUCCCCUCCUAGAAUGUGAUAUAAAAGUAGACUAAAACGUCUGUCGUUUGAUCAUGUUUGUGAUUGGUCGAGAGACUUAACUCAUGGAUCAGGGGGGGGCUUACGUAUCAAACCCUAUGUGAGACACAAUUUUUAUAUGUUAAAUAUAAUAAACUCUAUUUCAAAUACAAAAAAAACCUCGUGGAUCACGUGCUAGUCACCCGACCAAUCACAAUAAAACGACACCGACUCUCAUGUUAUUUCGCAUUCCAAGGCUGGUGAGAACAUUUACACGAUACGACUUGUACUUACCGGUAGGUCUCUCAUAUGUGAGUCUGCCUGGGUAGAUACCACUGCAAUGUCUAUUUCUGUCAAGUAGCAGUGUGUAGUCACUGUUGUGUUCUGAUUUGAAGGACACUGUAGCCGGUGUAACUACUGGACAUAGGACUUAACAUCUCAUGUCUCAGGUUGGCGAGUGCAGUGGAAUACCAAACAAUACUUUGUGAAUCAAGGUGUUGGAUGGAUAUACUGUUUAUGGGCGGUCGUAUCGCUUACUAUCAGACGAACGGCAAGCUUGCCUCGUCAUUCAAAGCAAUAAAAAAUCCUAAACGAAAAUUCUAUAUAUACUAAUGAAGGUUUGUGACGGAGAGUAAUACUAUUGCAAUAUAAGACGUAAAUCUACCUCGAAAUUUGUUCUAAAGUAGACGUAUUUUCAUGUUUGGUGUUGUAAUAGUUGUCGAGUUAUUUACUUGAGGUCUACAUCAUAUAUUUUAUAUAUAACAAGUAUGAAACGGAUUGAUGCCAAGCGCCUGACGAAAAAAAAUAGCAAUAUAAAUAAAGUGGAUAAGUCAUUACUGGUCCUGUCCUAUCAUUUUUCUGGAACUUCACCACGUUUAACAUCAGGUGCAGUAAUUUUGUCAAGCCAUAUGAUACGUAAUGUACUUUGAAUAAAGUCUUUAAUUGAAACGUCAGAUUUUAUGUGUUAGGGCCGUAAAUUCACCUUUGAGUGAGAGUUCAAGUAGACGUUUUAUGUAUCAAACUAUUUAAUAAAAAAAACUUAAAUUGUUAUUUAACAGCUUGUUUCGUCUGAAACGGCACUGUUUAAUAAAAAAACUCACAAUCCAACAUAUAUAAUAAUAUCAGCCUUGUAUUAUAUACUGUCCCACUGCUGGGCACGGGCCUCCUCUACUACUGAGAGGGAUUAGGCCUUAGUCCACCACGCUGGCCUAGUAGACUUCACAUACCUUGGAAAUUAUCCGAAAUAUUUCAAAUUUGAAAUCCGACAUAAUAUGCUAUUUGACAUUUUGUUAACUGUUUAUAAAAUAGUCAGGACCUUAAGAUGCUGACUAUAAUUUGACAGCGUCUCAACCGAUAUUGCAAUUGAGAGCAACAGAGUUGCAUUCAAUACGGCCCUUACAACCUGUAAUUGGACGUAGAUACGCAAAAAGAAUCCAACCCACAGUAUGGUCGAAAAUGAGCCGAGUACGCCAAAUAAUAUUAGUCUAUAAGGUUUAUAUUUUGUAUUAGUAAAAACAUUUUAGUUAAAAUUUAUUUGAACUAUUUAUUAACAAAUUGUUACGCGCCGCUAUCCUAGCCGAUGACAUCGGGCGUUUCCGGAAGUAUUCGGCUGCGCGGGCAGGCUGGCAGAAGAGAAGAUAUGUCACGCGGCGACUAUUCUAUUAUUCUCUCUGGUUGCACGUAGUCAAAAAAUGUCUAAAAUUCUAUUCUAUACAUAAUUAUUUUUGUUAAUAUAAUUAAUUUUGUAAAAAGACCGUUUAACAAAACGUAAAAUAGAAUAUCAAUGAGCAAAAAUACGACUUAAACUUCAAUCUUCAUUAUUUCAAAAGAGUCAUAUUGUGGACUGGAUCCUUUUUGCGUAAUAAUAAAAAUAAUAUUUCGCCAAAUUACUUAGGCUGCCACACAGCUUGGGUAGAAUAUUACUGCCAGAAGCAGGAAUACGUUGUGGCACUUAUUCAACGGGUGAAUAAGGUUUACAUUGCUCCUGAAGAGAAGAAAUACUUACGAUUUUUACUGCACAUUUGAACAGCGUUGUCGACACGUAUAAAUAUUAUAUUAUUAUGUACUCUAAGAUGAAUUAUAACAUCAAUUUUGAGAAACCAAAAGAAAUAUCGCAGAUUGGCAAUCGUCAUCAGUUUUGAAAAGCCAAAGGAAAUACCGCAGAUUGGCAAUCGUCAUCAGGUUUGAGAAACCAAACCAAAAGAAAUAUCGCAGAUUGGUAAUCGUCAUCAGUUUUGAGAUACUAUAACAAAUAUCGCAUAUGGGCAUUCGGCAAAAAAAGAGUUGUAACACAAAAAACAGUUUUAGAUAUAAAUACCAGUAAAAUAAAUAUGAAUUUUGUUGAAUAUAUUAAACUCGUGCUUUUAUAUCUUGUGAGAUUUUCGAAUCACGAGUAUUCGUACAAAUAGAGGUCAAUUGACAAUUUUUAUGAACAUCACAGUGCAAGCUGUAAAUUCAACAAAGGGAGAAAUUAAUUGUCAACAAUUGUUUAUCUCAAUAAUUUGAAGCCUUUUUUUGUCUGUAUUUUGAUACCUGUAUUCGGAAUUAUAAAUUUAUUUUGAAAUUUAGAGCCUAAAUAUUGUAAAACUACAAAAAUUUUAAACAACCUCCAUUGAGUUAAUGUUAGUACAUACCUUAUGGAAUUAGUUUAUUACAACCUGACAAAUUACCUCAACUACAGUAAAAAUGCGCGUGGAAUAUGCACAUUUUUCUUUCCUUUGUUGAAUGAGAUAUAAUAAUGUGAUAGACUUUUGAAAUGAGGUUAAUUAUUAUUCCAUAGAGAAAUGUUUAAUUUUUUCCGUCGUGUUACAAUUUACCCCAUUGGUGCAUUGUUGGCCCAUCCCGUAUAAUUUCUGGUUUGCUGUAUAUUAUGUGAUUUAGCUAUUAAGAUGUGUAUACUAGUAAAUUUUUAAAUGAA